AGGAGAGAAGAGGGUUUAAACUGCCAUUGAAAUGUUUGAACCUGUUCGUGGACGAGAAUGAUGAAACACUACGAGUAGGAGGAAGGAUUAUGACGACUGCAAUAAUUCGUUUUCUGCACAAAAGUAUUUUGCAUCUCGGUCAAUGUGGCUUGCUUGGAGUAGUGCGUCAACAGUUUUGGCCCCUUCGGGUGAAGGAUGUUAUUCGAAAUGUUGUGCAUAAGUGUACAGUCUGCUACCGCAUGCGUCCAAAGCGAUCAACACAAUUGAUGGGUGAUCUGCCAGAGUACCGUGUGCAGAGAUCUUUUCCGUUUGCUGUCGUUGGUGUCGAUUUCGCUGGACCAUUUACUGUGAAGUCGUCUGCGUCCAUCAGAAAGCCAACGAUAACCAAGGGAUAUGUAUGCGUUUUCGUAUGCAUGGCGACUCGAGCACUUCACUUGGAAGCAGUAUUCAAUUUGUCUACUGAUGCUUUCAUAGGAGCAUUACAGCGUUUCGUCAGCCGUCGAGGGAUACCAGAGAAGAUCGUCUCCGAUAAUGCCACCAAUUUUGUUGGUGCAAACACGGAGUUGGAGAGACUGGCCACCACGUUCAAAUCGGAAAUGCACCAGAAGAAAUUGAACGCGUUUUGCACACAGCGUGGCAUCGAGUGGUCUUUCAUCCCACCUCGCAGUCCUCAUUUUGGUGGACUGUGGGAGGCAGGGGUGAAGUCAGUCAAGCACCAUUUGCGACCUAUUCUAGCUGCACAUAAAUUAUCGUACGAGGAGCUCAGUACGGUUCUUUGCCAAAUUGAAGCUACGUUAAACUCGAGGCCUUUGACGCCAUCCUCAGACGACCCGAACGAUUUAACGGCGAUUACUCCAGCUCAUUUUUUGAUUGGGCGUGAAUUUCAAGCGAUUGCCGAACCUUCGUAUGGAAAUAUUAAGCAAGGACGACUAUCUCGGUGGUAAAUGUUGCAAGA